AUGGCUGAACAAAAGGAGAGUGCUGUCUAUGCCACCUCCAAGUCAUCCUCCGACGUCGACAGAGCCACGAUGGUACAGUCCAAUCCAGAUGUGGAGAAGCAAGCUGCACAACAAUCGAUCAACGAUGCUACGGACCCGAAUAUUGUAUCCUGGGACGGCGAAGACGAUCCCCAGAACCCGAUGAACUGGACCUCCAAGGCCAAGAUCAUCAACUGCGGCGCCAUCAUCUUCCUUACUCUGUUAACACCACUGGCAUCAUCCAUGUUCGCGCCUGGUGUCCCGGCCGUCCUCGCAGAGUUCAAGGAGAGAUCCGUCACACUGGCCGCCUUCGUCGUCUCAGUGUACUUGCUUGGAUUUGCCGUAGGUCCACUGCUCAUCUCACCCUUGAGCGAGAUAUACGGCAGACGUUCGCUGUAUAUUGCGUGCAACGUGGGCUUCAUUGUCUUUACCGUGGCGUGUGCGGUUGCGUCUUCGAUGCCUCAACUUAUCGUGUUCCGGUUCCUGGCUGGCUGCUUUGGAGUCUGUCCUGUGACGCUUGGUGGUGCUUCGAUUGCAGAUAUGAUUCCGCAGGAGAAGAGAGGUGCUGCUAUGGCUUUGUAUGCGAUGGGACCUCUGCUGGGACCUGUUAUUGGGCCUGUCGCUGGUGCUUACCUGGCAUCUGCUGAGGGAUGGCGAUGGUAUAAACUCGGNGUCUUCUGGCUCAUAACCAUUGCCUACGGAGUCGCAACCAUCAUCCACUUUUUCGUCGGCAAGGAAACUUUCGCGCCCGUUCUCCUUCAAUCAAAGACCACGAAGCUGCAAAAGGAAACAAACAAUACCGAGCUUCGCUCAAAGCUGGACAGUGGUCUUUCUGGCCGUGAACGCAUGUCUCGCGCGCUCGUCCGACCUUUCAAGAUGCUACUCUUCUCGCCAAUCGUUGCCUUGAUGUCCUUUUAUGUUGCGGUAAGUGCCAUGUUCACAUGUUUACUGAACGAAAGUUCCAGUACUGACGAAUAUUGCAACAGNGUGGUCUACGGCAUCCUCUACCUCCUCUUCACAACCUUCACCUUUGUCUUUGAAGAACACUAUCAUUUCUCCUCUUCCAACGUCGGAUUAUCCUACAUUGCUUCCGGCAUCGGCAUGUUUGUUGGCCUUAUCCUAACCGGCGCAUCCUCAGACCGCAUACUAAGAAAACUCACUGCCGCCAAUAAUGGUGUUUCCAAGCCUGAAUACAGACUCCCGCCGCUCAUGGUGUUGGGCGUGUCUAUGCCCAUUGGACUGUUUAUUUAUGGUUGGACCGCGCAGGAGCAUGUACAAUGGGCUGUCCCCAUGCUGGGCACGCUGUUUUUCGGCAUUGGCUUGAUUUCUUGCCUUAUUUGCAUCCAAACGUAUUUGGUGGAUACAUUUACUUUGCAUGCGGCCAGCGCCAUGGCUGCAAACACUUUGUUGCGCUCUAUCCUUGGUGGAUUGUUGCCGUUGGCGGGUCUGGAUAUGUAUGAUGCCCUGGGGUUGGGAUGGGGUAAUUCGCUGAUUGGGUUUGUGGCUUUGGCGAUGUUGCCUAUUCCAGUAGCGUUUUACUUUUAUGGUGAGAGGAUUAGGCAGAGGUUUCCUGUCAAGCUGUAG